AUGGCAUUAUACGCGCAGACUCUACUCGUCCCCAUCUUGUCCGUGGUGUCCAUGGUGCUCAGCAUCACUCCCUUGAUCUUACACUGGCAGAACCGCAACUGGCCCGCUACAUGUCUGAUAUGCUGGUGCUUGGGCCUGAACCUCUUCAAUGUUGUCAACGCUUUGAUUUGGCCAAAUGAUGACAUUGACUCCUGGUGGAGUGGAGUCGGUCUGUGCGACCUAGAAGUCAAGAUCAUGAUCGCCAGCUAUGUGGCUGUCCCUGGGAACCUCCUAUGUAUUUUUCGCAACCUGGCUUCGGUGCUGGACACCAGGCGCGCCACUCUGGUUCCCUCCAAACAGCAGCGCUGGAGGAAUCAUUUCAUCGACAUUCUCUUCUGUAUUGUCGUGCCGGUAAUGGCCAUGAUUACUCAUAUUAUCUAUCAGAAAAGCCGAUACGUCCUCUGGGGCAUCUCUGGAUGUGUCAACAGCUUUGACGAGAGCUGGGUGAGCUUCGUACUUUCGUUCAUAUGGCCUCCGAUCAUCUGCUUCAUUGCCGGAUACUAUUGCGGUCUCGUCCUCUACCGACUUCAUAAAUAUCGAAGCCAGUUCGGCAGCAUCCUGGAAUCUGCGAAUAGCAAUUUAAGCAAAUCCCGGUUUCUACGUCUCUUUUUCCUCUCCUUUGUUAUGCUCCUUGCGAUCAUUCCCACUCAGAUCUUCGUGAUCUACAAGAAUGUCCAGUAUUCUUACCCAUGGCACCGGUAUUCGUGGAGCACUGCUCAUUCUCCUGAUUGGGGCACAAUCCCCAAGUGGCGCUCGGAUGGGGAGGUCUUCUUUGACCGGUGGGUGCCCAUUACUUCUGGGUUCCUCUUCUUCCUUUUCUUCGGAUGCGGCCACGAUGCUGCUAGAAUCUAUCGCACCGUCCUUCGCUUCUUCGGCUUCACCUGUGUGCGGGGGCCGCCCCUGGCAUCCACUGUGUCAAGCGGAACUGGGUCGAUGAACAGUCGAGCAAAGAUCUUAGGGCGCAAGAAAAGGUCGUCCGACUCAAGAACCUACGUGAACAAUAUCACUAGCACACGAGUGGCCGGUACGAUCUACGAGGAUCUGGAGAUGGGUGCUUCAGUCCCCCGUGGACCUAAACGCUCGGCCUGGCUACGGUUGUUCAAGCUGUCCAGUCGAGUGAGGAAGCCUCCUACUCCGGACUUGUCGACUCCAUUGAACCUGAUCUGCACAAAUGCAUGGGCAGGGACAAGCAUGAGCCGGGGGAGCAGCGAUUUCACCGAGACCCCUACAAGAAGGGAUUUCAUUCGAGUAAAACAGGUGAUUAGCCAGGAAAGUGAGGUGCAACUUUGA